AUGUACAAGGUACUGGAGCGCAUUAUCCUGGACCGACUCAUUAAACAUGGCGAAGAAACAACGCGCGACGAGCAAACUGGCUUUCGUCCUGGCCGAUCUACGAUUGACCAGGUGUUCAUCGUCAGGAGAGUGAUCGAAAUCUGGCAGCGGUAUUCGAAGCCAAUGCAACUACUGGACUUUGAAGCCGCGUUCGACUCUCCUCACCGAGGCCGUCUUCUCAACGCGCUUCGUGCCGAUGGAGUACCAGGAAAGUUCGUUCGCUUGCUUGAUGACAUGAAUCAACGAACAACUGCUGCAGUUCGAACACCAGCCGGAUGUACAACACUGUUUGAAGUGGUAACUGGAUGUCCUGCCGACAUUGUCUUAGCACCAUCAGAGUGCCCCUUGACUGACCUCGAGUACGCCGACGAUAUUGUUAUAUUGGCGGAAACCAGUACGAAACUUCAGCAUGUUGCCAACCUUGUAUCGAAGCUGGCUGCAGCCUACGAACUACGCCUACGCUCUGAUAAAUGCAAGCAGAUGUGGAUCUCUUCGAGACCUCGGACGGGAAUCAGGGUGGACGGACAACCGAAAGAACUCGUCGAUGAGUUCUGUUACCUGGGCUGUAUGUCGAAGAACAACGGCAGCUACGAGAGAGAUGUUCAGCAAAGAUGCGCUAAGGCCACUUCUGCAUUUAACUCCUUAACGAAAUGUCUGUGGUCGACCCCCAUCACCAACGAAGUCAAGCUGCGAGUCUACCUAUCCGCAAUUCGCCCCAUCAUGGUGUACGGAUAG